GAUUCAGUUAAUCUGCGAUCGUUGAGGAUUUACCACUAAAAGGUAGCUCGCGCGGGACUCUCUUCUUCGCGAAAAGUGAAUUAUUGGGAUCAUUUUUGUGUGUGAAGAUUGUGUUGCAUUUUUUUUCCCUAAAGUGAUCGCACAGAAAGGAAACAAUUUAUUUUUUUCUUUCUUUUUAGUGGUAUAAAUGUGAAUAAGGUUCGUUGCGAGAGUACUUUAAAGAGUGGCAUAGAAUUCUUUUUUUGCGUGAUUGUGUGGUGGCAUAAAAACGCAUAGCUUAUUAGUUGUUGUCUUACUCUUUGGAAGAGAUAAGCAAAUUUUAGCGGUUAAAUAAGUAAAAGACGAUACUCGAUCGGAAUUUCAAUUGAUUCUCAUUUAGUGAAGAAGAAAAAAAAGGAUGGAACUGAUAAUGUGGCUCGUGAGCUGGGCUGUGGUGAUGCUGCAGUGCACGCAUUUGGUGUCCUCACACGGCAGACUGAUGGAUCCACCUGCUAGGAAUGCCAUGUGGCGCUUUGGUUACCCCAAUCCCGUCAACUACAACGACAAUGAGCUCUUCUGCGGCGGCUAUGCUGUGCAGUGGGAGCAGAAUUAUGGGCGGUGCGGUCUGUGUGGGGAUGCCUUUCAUCUGGAGACACCGCGUCCCCAUGAGGCAGGCGGUGAGUUUGCAAAGGGAAUCAUUUCGCGGUACUACACAAUGGGGCAGGAGAUUGAGGUGGAAGUGGAGCUCACGGCCAACCACUAUGGACGCUUUGAGAUGUUUCUCUGUCCCAACAAUAAUCCUAAUGUCGAAGCCACGCAGGAAUGCUUCGACCGAUACCCACUAUUUAUCUCUGGCACACGUGAAGUGCGCUUCUUGAUACCACAGGAGGCAAAGAAGAAGGGCGUUUUCCGCUAUCGCGUCCGUCUUCCCCCCUACGUCACGUGCAAUCAAUGCGUGCUCCAGUGGACAUACUACACGGCCAAUAUGUGGGGAACAUGUGCCAAUGGCACAGAGGCCGUGGGAUGCGGAAAAGCCGAAACAUUCCGCAAUUGUGCCGAUAUUGCCAUUACAUCCAACACAGGAGCCCUACCGCCCUUCUUCACUGAAAAUCCCAAUCCCUUCCUCCUCUACUACAGGGACUUCCGUGCUCCAGCACCAAAUAACAUCUUCCCUCUUGUGGUCAGAGACCAAGUGUGUGUCCCAUCGCCUCUGUACCGAAGUGUUCCAGGUAUGGAUGAAUGGUGCCAAAUUAAUUGCCUGCGAUACCCACCCAACUGCCCAGAAACCAUUUGCCAUUGCCCGCAAACUUGUGAAGCAAUAGGAGAAAUUGAGGGCAAGGAAGGUGCUGAUGUGUACUGCUUGGAUGAAUGUAUCAACUACCCAUCGAAAUGCCCAGCUGACAGAUGUCGGUGCUAUUAAGAAAUCUCCUAAAACGCACAAUUUUUCCGUGGAUAUAACAACAAUAAGAAAAUACUCCGAAAUUUAAUUUCAAUUCAAAAGUUUAAUUAAAAAAAAUACACAAAAUCUACGGAAAUAUAUAGCAACAGAGAAAUUUAAAAAAAAAACUCUAAAACUAAAUGCUUAAUGCUACCUCUUUUUUUCGAAAAUUAUGAUUUGUUUUUCAUUUUUAUAGCCGAGAUUUCUUUUUUUUUUUAGAAUUUAUUCAGAGAGAAUUUAGAAAGAAUUAAGCUGUGGUCCAGACAAAAAAACAUUUAUCUCUAUCACAAUUGUUUACGAUUAAAUUUUUUGAAUACUUUACCAAUUUUAUUCAUCUGUGUUUUCCUCGUGCAAAAUAAAGAGAUUUUUUUUUUAGAUAAUAAUAAA